AUGAAGGAAGUAUCCGGAUUAGAUCCUUUGAACUAUAUUACAUUACCAUCAUUCGCAUUUGAUAUGCUAAAAAAGAUAACUAAGAUCAAGCUCGAAUUAUUCCAUAAAGGUCAAGAAGAUAUGCACGAAUUCGUCCAACGCUGGAUGCGAGGUG